AUUCUCAGUGUUUGUGAUACGGAUGAAAGUUAAUGAACAGCCUGGGUGGUCAAGUCUCUGACCCCAAUAUCAUCUGGAAUAUAAAAAUUUCUCAGAGACACAUGCCAAUUAAAUGACACAAUAAAAUCUGAAAACUGCUACAUUCUGGAGGUGUGUGAUGAGAUAAAGUGUCUUCAAAAUAGCCCAAGUGUAAGAAUUUCCUGUUCAAAUUUUAAGUGACACAUUGAUAAGAAAUCAACUUUUUCCACUAUUACCUCACUCUGAGCUCUCACAGGGUCGGCAGUCUGUGAAGACCACAGAUAUUACCUGUUUACAAGAGUAACAAGGUCUCCUACUGGAAGAUGCAUGACUUUCUGGCCAACAGAAGUAACUGAGCAAGAAAUAACCUAUACAGAAUUAAAUCUUCAAAAUGCUUCUCAGGAUCAUCCAGGGGAACGAAAGAACUACCACUGCAAAGGGAAGAUCCUUGCUAGGAUGCUGGGAGUCAUCUGCUUUGUCUUGAUGUCCACUGUGAUAACAAUAGUUCUUAUUCCCUUUUUUUCAGUUACUGAAAUACUGGAGCAGAACAAUUCAUCCCUGAAAACAAACAUUCAAAAAGCUUAUCACUGUGGUCAUUGUCCAAAAGAGUGGUUUACAUAUUCCAACCAUUGCUAUUACAUUAGCACUGAAAGAAAACCAUGGAAUGAGAGUUUGGCAUCCUGUGCUUCUAACAACUCUAACCUGCUCUACAUAGAUGAUGAAGAAGAACUGUAUAUGUUGAAGUUCUUCAUUUCCUCUUCAUGGAUUAGAGUCUCCCGGAGAAGCAAUAAUUCAUGGGUGUUGCCUAAAGGCUUAACUUUCUUUUCCAAACAGUUGUCAGUAACUUCAGGGAGAGACAAUUGUACAUUUCUAUAUCUUCAAAUAAACAACAAAAUUUCUUUUGCAUCCUGCGUAGAAAGAAAAACAUAUGUCUGUAAGCACCAGAUACUUAAGCUUACCUAAAUUUGGUAUAAUGCUAUCUCAUUAUCUAGAAAGAACACAUUUCUCUUUUCUUCAAGCUGUAUGAUUAUUUACUCAGUUAUUUUUUAAAGACAUUUUUGAGAGCAAUUUUAGAUUCACAACAGAAUUAAGAGGAAGGUACUGAGAUUUCCUAUAUUGCCCCUGUCUGCACCCCUGAUAGCUUCCCCUGUUAUCAACAUCACUCACUAGAAAUGGUUCAUUUGUUGCCAAGUAUGAAUCCAUAGUGAUGCAUUAUACUCACCGUACGUCCAAAGUAUACCUGAGAUUUCUCCCUUGAUGAGUAGAACUAUUUUUCAACCUUUAUUUAAUGUAAAAAUAUAUAUACUCAGGAACAUGUUAUUAUACAUUUUAAGCUUUUGUAUUUACUAAAAUAAAUUAUAUAUAAAUUACAAAUCAUAAUAUAAAGCACUGUUAUUAUAAAGUCCUCAAUAAGGUGAACACUUCCACUCAUAUUUCCAAAUUAAUCGACUUGUCCUAGCCCUUAAAGGAGCUACAAAUGAAGGUUGAGCAACUCAGGGUGGCAAGGUUAUCAGUCAGUUUUGAGGAAGGCGACAGAAACCAGGAGACGUUCGAUAUAAAGCGUUAUUAACCAUUUGCAAGGGAAAGCCUUCAGAAAGGAGAUGAAAGAAAGUUAUAAGGAUACUGUAAAGGAAGGAUUUCUGAGAAAGCCAGAUCUACUCUCUGAAGAUGGGAUUCAGAUGUCACCGAAGACAAUGUGGCUACACAGCUUCAUGGCAGACAUGCUCACGGGAUUGGCCUGGGACGGAGCAGCUGCACAGACCACAGGCUGAAGGUGGUGAGGAUGGAUCUCAGGCUGUGACGGGCAAGCAGGGAGGACCCCUGCCAGAGUGUAAGUGUGUAGAGGCUGGAGGAUGGGAAACUUUGACUGAUAUUGGCCACAAAAUCUUACUGGAGGUUGAAAACACACGCUUCCUGCCUGCAUGCAGCUGGCAACCAAGCCACAGUAGCCAAACACCAU